AUCUAUAUCCGUUUCACUCUCGCGUUGAAGCCAACGCGCAAUCUUAACUAUACGUUUAAUUUGUUUUAUUGUUACCCAUUUCGUUUAAAUAAUGUCCUCAUUCAUGGAUAUGCUGACAGGGAGUCGGAGCGUCGACCUGAAAAAGUGCGGCGAUGUGGUGGUGUCCCCCAGCGAUAAUAUGGUGGCGGUUUACUGCCACUUCUGCCGGGACAUAUUUACAAAUUUGCGGGAAUUUUUGAGACACCUCCAGUGGGCGCAUGUCGAUGUGCUGCAUUUCACCAAGGAGCAGAAUGGGUACUGCGUGGAAGAGCUGUUGUCCGAGGAGGAGGAUGCCCAGUCGGCGGGCAGCCGCAACACCAGCGGCGGGGAUUCCGGCGUUCAGGCAGAAUCGGAGGAAUUGGAGGGCAUAAAGAAUGCCGGAAAUAAGGCACACAGUAGUCAAAAAACACUGGGACUUAAGGAUAAAGUGGAGGAUAUAGUGGCAAAGGAGGGACACUCCCAACAGAAAGAUAUCAUUGAAUCAAAGCCCGAAAACCAGGGAUUCAAAGGUCCUCGCAACAAGACUGCAAAUGAGGGGAAAACCUUGAAAAUCUGCGAGCUAAAGAGUCACAGCAUUGCCAGGAAUUCGAGGAAACGUAUGAGCAGCGUGAAGAACCGCAUCCUACAAGCCAUUGAAAACGAUGUGAAUACAAAAAUUCUUAUGAAACCUACGGGAACCAACUGCAGUCUCCUUAUAACUGAACCUCUAGAAGAAGGGAACAUACAGCCUCUUAAUUUUAAUACUCCUAUCAAGCCAGCACCAAGCUCAUCUAAUUUAAGUGUAAGAAAAUCUAGUUUAACCAAAGCUCGAAUGGAAACAGAUCCUUCCCAGGUCAGUCAUCUUAACUCUAAGGCAAAGCCCAACUCAACAUCUCAGCAAGUUAAAGUAUAUUCCGUUUCAAGUAUGGUUAAAGAAAUCUGUCAGUUCUCAAAACCAUCUAGACCUAGUGUCGAAAGAGCAAAGAGGAUAUCAUCACCCUUGCAAAUAAGACAUGUAGAUUUUCUGCCGAAGCUUGAUUUAAAACCAAAGUCAUUAACUAAGACAAGCGAAGCAAUUGAGAGCAAGGAGUCACAUUUGCCUAACAAGAAACCAACGUCUGAUAGUCUCGUUAAGCCACUACAAACUAAAAAUCCAUUGUUAAAAAGAGGUUUGGAGGAAAUCGGCAGUACCCGAGAUGAUAAUCAGCCCAAAAAUCUAAGUCUUUCAGUGCCCAAUUUAAAUACUAAUUCAAACAAAGAGCAAAAGCUAUCGGACAACGACAAUAAAAAACAGACAAAACCAUCUAGACCUAGUGACGAAAGAACAAAGAGGAUAUCAUCACCCUUGCAAAUAAGACAUGUAGAUUUUCUGCCAAAGCUUGAUUUAAAACUUAAGUCAUUAACUAAGGCAAGCGAAGCAAUUGAGUGCAAAGAGUCACCUUUGUCCAACAAGAAACCAACAUCUGAUAGUCUCCUUAAGCCACUACAAACUAAAAAUCCAUUGUUAAAAAGAGCUACGGAGGAAAUCGGCAGUCCCCAAGAUGAUAAUGAGCCCAAAAAUCUUUCAGUGCCCAAUCUAAAUACUAAUUCAAACAAAGAGCAAAAGCUAUCGGGCAACGACAAUAAAAAACACUUCAAAUUGGAGACGAAAAAUUCAGAUAAUUUAGAUUUGGAGUCCAACAAUCUAGAAACCAGCACCUCCAAAGGUUCAAAAAUUGAUCAGACAAAGAUAAACCUCGUAAAAAAGAAACAGACCACAAAUCAAACAAUUUACCAAAAACUAUUUAAAGGCAAUACUAAAUACGACAAACUGGAGCCCGAAAGUAUAGACACCGGCCGCAAAAUGUUGCAAGCCAAAAAGCAGAAGGAAAACCUGAUCGGAAUUAAAAACGAACAGACAAGUAACAAUACAAAUCUGCGUUCAAAUAAAAAAUCCGGACCCUUAUUAGACAAUGCAACUCUUUUAAAAAAUGUUGGGUUACCAGCAAUCCAAAAUGCCAGCUUUGAGGAUAAAAUAAUGUUGGACGAGUUGGUGCAGUUGCGCGAAAAGGCUGCCCAGUUUAGCAAAAUAUACAUGAAGCACGAUUCCAUUUGGAAUUAUAGAACGAAGACUCCAUCAGCCACAUCUGAAUAUCUUUCUCUCCUUAUUUCUGCGUUAACUUCGGAAGUAAACUUAGUGAUGGGAUGCAACAUGACUGAAAGCGAAUUAAAACGUAUCAUAAAUCUGAUUUCAGCUUGGUAUCAAAAUAUGAUUAAUCUGAAGAUUUUCAAGAAAGUAGCUCUCUCGCUCACCGACCAACACCAUUUAAACCUAUUCGCUUUUUUACCUGUUAGUGCUGCGUACUUUUGCGAGAGUUGCGAGAAAAUCUUCGCCUUUGAAGAUUCCUACAAAAAGCAUUUGGUGUCCCACGAAGUUGGGUAUCGUUGCACAUUAUGCAAUAGAAUUUUCAAGUACCAAGGAUUCUACGAGAAUCAUUUGCGCACCGUUCAUUCAUAAACUGUGCCACCUACGACCUCAUUAAGAUUUAAGUUGUAGUUAUCAGUAAUACACUACUCAAUGUUAUGUAGUUGCCAAAAAUACAUAUAAAGAAUAUUGAAAAAACAAAUAAGCAGUGAAGUUCAUAAACUAGCUAGUUAU